AUGCCCACGCUGGAUGCCGAGGCGCGCGUCGCGGGCGAGAUCGCCGGCUCCCUCAGCUCGUCGCUGAGCCUGGGCACCAAGGCGGGCCACGGCGCCCGCACCUUCGACGUCCACGCGACGUCCGUGGACGUCCCGCACAACGGAAACGUCGACGUGUCGGGCGGCAACGGAUCUGGCCGGCGUCGCAGGAAGAUCAUCAUCGACACGGACCCGGGCAUCGACGACACCAUGGCCAUCCUGGCGGCGUUCAACUCGCCCGACGUCGAGGUCAUCGGCCUCACGACGGUCUUCGGCAACGUGGUCACCUCCACCGCCACGCACAACGCCUGCCUCCUGCGCACCAUGGCCGGGCGCCGCGACGUCCCCGUCGCCGAGGGCGCCCACGGACCCCUCAGCGGCGCGUCGGUGUCGCUGGUGGCGGACUUUGUGCACGGCAAGGACGGGCUGGGCAACCGCAACCUGGACGGCGAGAUCGACAAGCUGUUCCCGGACGCGGGCCCGCCGGACGGGCGCACGGCCGCGCAGUUCCUCGUGGACAUGGCGCUGAAGUACCCGGGCGAGGUGACGAUUUUGGCGCUGUCGCCGCUGACCAACCUGGCGCUGGCGAUGCUGCUCGACAAGCGGUUCGCGCAGUGCGUCGGCGAGGUCGUCCUCCUCGGCGGCGCGUACGCGUGCCUGGGCAACGUCAACCCCGCCGCGGAGGCCAACAUCUUCGGCGACCCCGACGCGGCCGACGCGGUCUUCCGCGGGUUCCCGCGGAUCCGCGCGGUCGGGCUCGACGUCACGCUCAAGUGCUCGAUGACGCGCGAGGAGCUCGCGGACCUGCACGGGCGCGGCGAGGGCGUGGGGACGCUGGUGAACGACAUUGCGCAGUUCUACCUCGACUACCACGUGUACUCGGUCGGGGAGCACAAGGUCUUCCUGCACGACCCCACCGCGCUCAUGGCCGUGCUGCACCCGGAGUGGUUCAAGUGGACCAACGGCGGGGUCAUCGUCGUCAGGGACGGCCCGUGCCGCGGGAAGACGAUCAUGGACACGGGCGAGCGCGUGUUCAAGUUCCCCACCGAGUGGGACGCGCGGCCCAAGGCGCAGAUCGCGGUCGGCGUGGACACCGAGCGGGUGCGCGCCAAGGUCCGGGAGCUGCUCGUCGGCGGGGACGUCGCCGUCCUGCAGUCCCAGUGA